GCACUGGCAGCUGCCUUGAAGUCCAACUGUACGGUCACCCACGUCAACCUCCAUUUCAAAAAGAUCGGGGACGUGGGCGCCAAGGCGCUCGCAGAUGCUCUGAAAUCAAGCAAGACCGUCACCGACAUCGACCUCAAUGGCAACGAGAUCGGAGACCAGGGUGCCAAGGCGCUCGCAGAUGCUCUGAAAUCAAACAAGACCGUCACCAAGAUCGACCUCCGUAACAACGAGAUCGGAGACCAGGGCGCCAAGGCGCUCGCAGAUGCUCUGAAAUCAAACAAGACCGUCACUUUCAUCGACCUCGAUGACAACAAGAUCGGAGACCCUGGCGCCAAGGCCAGGGGGUCUUCGCAGCUUGCAAUUUCGACACCGCGUUUCUUCUGA